AUGAAGUUCCUGUCUAUUGCCGUCCUGGCCGUCGUUGCCUGCGUCACCUUCGCCGAAGAGGCCAAGGAGGACGACAAGCUCGACGCCCGUGGUGGUGUCCUGGGAGCCGGCCUCGGUGCCGGGGGAGUCGGCUACGGAACCGGUCUUGGUGCCGGAGGCCUGGGGUACGGAGCUGGUCUCGGUGCCGGAGGUCUCGGUGCCGGAGGUCUCGGUGCCGGAGGUCUCGGCUACGGAGCUGGUGUUGGUGCCGGAGGACUCGGUUAUGGAGCUGGUGUUGGCCCCGGAGUCGGUGUCGUAAACCCCGGUCUCGUUGGCGGUGGCCUCGCUAACUCCGGCCUGGUCGGAGCUGGUCUGGGUGGUGUGGGUCUCGGUCACGGAGUUGGCCUCGGCGGCGUUGGUCUUGGCCAUGGCUUUGGAUCUGCCUACGGUCAGACCGCUGGUGCCAGCCAGGGUGGAUUCAAGAAGGGAGCUGGUGGACUCAGCCAGGGUUCCGGUGCCUUCGCUGGCGGAAGCUCCAAGGACAACGUGCAAUCCUACAACCACCAGUCUGGGUACACCUCCAACACCGGCUUCUCUUCUGGUGAUGCUAAGAACUUCGGUGCCGGGCAGAAGCAGGGAUCUUCAGGAUUCGCCGGCGGGGCCGGCGCUGGACAGGCUGGCUACGGACAGAGCGGUUUCGGAAAGGUCGCCGCUGGUGGCGUCGGAGUGGGUGGUCUUGGCUAUGGCCUCCAUUAAAGAAUGUCCCAGGUUCUGAAGUCAAUUCCUGCUACGUUCCUGUUUUAUUGGUUCCUAACACCAAUUUGCUUCAAGCAUGCUGUUUUGUUUUCAAUAAACAACCUUCAACUAC